AUGGCCAAGAAUUACUCAGAAAAGUCCAUCCCAUUUCUUCAGACACAAGAUUCUUCGCUUGAAAUGGAUACCGAUUUGGGGCAGAGGUAUUACUCGGCUCGUCAUCUGGAAUCCUCAUCAACGAUUGAUCUUAAUCUGCAACACUACGCUACCACUACAACUACCGAGCAACCUUCCUCAAUCAAUUAUGCAGAGAGGGUCAAGAAGAUUUUAUGGAAGAUUUUCAAAGCAACGCUCGGAAACAGAAGAUUGAGGCUAUUUCUGUAUAGGCUGUUGAAAAUAAUCACAGUCACAUAUAUUCAAGCUAAUCACGUAUUGGGAUCUUCGGAGACUUCUGCUAUAAGAUUUGCCUUGAAAAUCAUUGCAUAUAUUUUCAUGGUGUUUUUGUGUAUCAUCACAAUCAGUAGAUAUGCGCGGGAACUAACUGCAGUCAGUAAGAAAAAGCCUCUUUCCAUAUGGCUCAAUUGGAUGGAAGCCUUACUUUUCAGUCUGUACAUUGUGUUUUCCCUACUCACAGCAGUGUUUCAUAUCAUGUUUGCAGCCUCAUGGUAUGAAGUGGAGCGGAUAAAACCUAACCACGAUAAGGCUCUUCGUCAGCAAUUUUCUGUGUUUAUCGUAUUUGUACUCCUUUACGUGUAUAAUGCGAUGGAAAUGGGUCAUCAUUAUAUUCAUUCGGGACAUAGUGUUUCUCUUUUCCUCACUCAAGCAAAACCUAUACCAAGAAGAGAGACCAAGAUAUUACUACAGGAAACAAGUCCAAGUGCUAACAUUACCCACCCUUAUUUGCAAUCAUUGGAUAUGAUGGGCCUGCAUGAUGUUAAUGAAGAGAAAUAUCGUUUCAACAACAGACAAGAUCUUUCGAGAAGCAGGUAUUUCGCUGAUGAAGAUGAUGAAGAGGAUGAAGACAACUAUAUUCCAACAACCAUACGAAACCAACAGCUAUGGAGACGCCAGCUCAACAUUGGGACUAUUUCAACUCUGGCCAGUACACUCUAA